AUGAGUGACUUGAACUACAACUGGAACAACAACAACAACAACCAUAACAAUAACAUGACAGAUAUGAUGGUCAUAYCGGUGGCCAACUCGUCGAUGACCACUAAAAUAAGCGGUUCGUUGGACUCAUUGGAAGCGCUGCCAUUGUGGCCGUGGCAGGUCAUACUCAUUAGCCUAUACUCAAUGACGGCAUUUGUUUCGUUGGCCAGUAAUCUCAUUACAAUUAUUGUACUCAUUAAAGGCGAUAAAAUAUCAUCUGAAUUGUGGAAAUUUUUGAUCAAUCUUUGUAUAUCUGAUAUCUCGAUGUCUGUCUUUUCCAUACCAUUCACUUACACCAUCUUUAUGAAGGGUCGUUGGAUUUUUCCCAACGAGUUGUGUCCAUUGGUUCACUUCGCUCAGAUCUGUUCUGUGUUUGUCAGUGUGUGGACACUAACCAUCAUUGGGAUCGACAGGCUUAUACAGGUAUAA